GCAGUGAGAGGGACCUUGUGUGUCGGAAUUCACCUUCCAAGACUUCAGAUAACGUUACCUGCUAAACGCUGUGGAUUAAUACUAGUUUUUGUAACAAGCUGCGGAAGAAAAACGCCAUGGGCUCGUUUGUGCAGCCAUGGACUGGGACGGAGCAGCGCGGAGAGACGGGGAUUUAAAUCUGCCUUUCGUCCGAAAAAACAGCUUCUUUUGAUUUGAAGUGAACGGAGGACUGGAGUAGAGUCGCGCUGUUGGGGUUUUCUAUCCCUUUUUGACUGAGACAAAAGUUCUUCAUUGCUUUGAGAAGACCUCUAAUAGUCAUAAACGACUCAAUAAAUUUUUUUGUGACUCCCUCCUGUUUGGUUUUCCUGGAGAGCGGAGCUGGCGAGCUGAGGGCGGCUGACGGUGUCAGGACUGACCGUUGGAGUUGGUCCUGAAAAUGGAGGCUGUUAUCGAAAAGGAAUGCGGUGCACUCGGAGGACUCUUCCAAACUGUUAUCGGAGACAUGAAAAGCAGCUACCCAAUUUGGGAGGACUUUAUCGCCAAGGCUGGGAAACUGCAGUCACAGCUCAGGGCCACAGUGGUUGCUGUUGCUGCUUUCCUGGAUGCCUUUCAGAAAGUGGCUGAUCUGGCUACCAACUCACGAGGAGGGACCAGAGACAUUGGUUCAGCGUUGACCAGGAUGUGUAUGAGACAUCGCAGCAUAGAGGCCAAACUCAAACAGUUCUCCAUGGCCUUCCUGGAUUGUCUGAUAAAUCCUCUGCAGGAACAGAUGGAGGAGUGGAAGAGAGGAGUCAACACUUUGGACAAGGACCACGCUAAAGAGUACAAGAGAGCACGGCAGGAGAUUAAGAAGAAGUCCUCAGACACUCUGAAACUUCAGAAGAAAGCAAAGAAAGGUCGUGGUGAUGUCCAGCCCCAGUUGGACAGUGCUAUGCAGGAUGUCAGUGAUAAAUACCUUCUGCUGGAGGAGACAGAAAAACAGGCCCUGAGAAAGGCUCUGAUAGAGGAGAGACAGAGGUUCUGUUGCUUUGUAGCCAUGCUGCGGCCUGUAGUGGAUGAGGAGAUUUCUAUGUUGGGAGAGGUGACCCAUCUCCAGGCCAUCUCUGAUGACCUCAAAGCCCUGACUUCUGACCCACACAAACUUCCCCCAGCCAGUGAACAGGUGAUCUUGGACUUAAAGGGUUCAGACUACCAAUGGUCAUAUCAGACCCCGCCCUCUUCCCCCAGCACCACUAUGUCCAGGAAGUCUAGUAUGUGCAGUAGUCUGAACAGCGUUAACAGUAGUGACUCCAGGGGCUCCAGCGGCUCUCACUCUCAUUCUCCUUCCUCCUCCUCUUCCUCCUCUUCCUCCCACCACCUCUUCCACCACCAUCACCACCGCCAUCGGUACCGUAGCUCCACGCUACCUCAGCAGACCCCGGCCCGUCUCUCCAGCAUCUCAUCCCACGACUCAGGCUUCAUUUCUUCAUCGCAGGACCAGUACACAUCGUCCAAGUCACCCUCACCUAUGCCAGCUGAAACAAAGCCUUGUCCCAGUUCCAGCUCCUCUGAGGCAUCAGAGUCUGGUCAGCUUCACAGUGACUGCAGCUCCCCUUCCUCUCUCGCUGCUGCUACACCUCAGCACACUACUGACAAGCUCUCCAAUGGUUUUGACCACUAUGGCCCAGCUGAUUCCCCCUUCCUGCAUAGCAAUGGGGGGAGUUUGGGAUCAGGGACGGCCUUCCCCUUCUUCCCUCCCCCAUCUUCCCCCUCCUCUUCCAGUGCCACUCCCUCAUGGUCCCGUCCUGUCUCAGCCCUGCUCCCAGACCUCCCCCACUACUGCACACUGGGCUCCACCAUGGUGCCUUCAUCACGAGUGCCCAGCUGGAAGGACUGGGCUAAGCCAGGGCCGUAUGACCAACCUAUGGUCAACACACUGAGGAGGAGAAAAGACAAGGAGCCUCCAACUGUUGUGGAUAGUAAUGGUAGUACCAGCAGUGACAGCAGCCCUCUCUCAGCCCCAGCCUCGAUCCUGGCCUCAGUGCCAGCUCCAGCUGCAGCACCAACACCAACUCCAACAACCUCAGACGAGGAAAAGAGCAGGACUGUGGCUGCCGCACCCAAGGCUGGUGACAUUGAGUCCCAUGAAGAGCUGGCGUUGGCCUUAUCCAGAGGUCUGCAGCUGGAUACCCAGAGGUCUAGCAGAGACUCAAUCCAGUGCUCCAGUGGCUACAGCACUCAGACCAACACACCCUGCUGCUCUGAAGACACCAUACCUUCACAAGUAUCAGACUAUGACUAUUUCUCAGUGGCGGGGGACCAAGAGUCUGAUCAGCAGCAGUCUGACUUCGACAAGUCCUCCACCAUCCCCAGAAACAGUGACAUCAGCCAGUCCUACCGACGCAUGUUCCAGGCUAAACGCCCAGCCUCGACUGCUGGCCUUCCCAGCACACCAGGCCCAUAUCCUGGACAGGGGGCUUACCCUGGAGGGCCCUACCCCUCCACACCUAUCCACACCGGGGCUUAUCCGUCUGCUCCAACUGGGGCUUAUCCACCUACCCCUACAGGCUCCUCCUACUCAAGCCAGGGGGCUUAUUCAGGAUCCAGCUCCUAUUCUUCCUCUGGCUCAUAUUCUGCAGGGCAGGGUCCAGUUAUAGUCACCCCUGGGGUCGCAACAAUCCGCCGGACCCCCUCUACAAAACCCUCCACUCGUCGUUCAAGCUCUGUUGUGGGUACUGGCCCCAUCCCCAUCCGUACACCCGUUAUCCCUGUAAAAAUCCCCACCGUGCCAGACACGUCAGGGGCAAUUAACGGCAGCAGGAGCAGAGAGGAGAUGGGAGGAGGAGGCGGAGAGGAGAGCCCGGAUUCACCAACACUUGCAGGAGGGGAGGAGGUGGGCGUGCUGCCAGUGGCAUCUUGGAGUGGCCAGGCAUCGACCAACCCUCCCACCGUCCCCCAGCCUCACCAGCCAAGCCAGCAGCCCCCGCAAACUGAGGGAGGACAGGAAGAAGGAGGAGGAGAGGAGGGAGAAGGGCUGGAAGGACAGGCGGGGGGCAACAUGCUUGUAGCCAUCCGCAAGGGGGUCAAGCUGAAGAGAACCCUCACCAACGACCGCUCUGCACCACGCAUUGCAUGAUGACAUCACAAGGCGCUAGGAGUUACCCUUGCUUUGGUAACAAGUAACAUAUGACUUAAAAUGGCACAGGAGUAUAGCUCUCGCCCUCGUCAUAUCCCUAAAGGGGGUGGAAAAGUGUCGCAGAUAGAAAUGUGAUGUACAGAGUCAAAAGGCUUCCUAUGCUAAUAUGUCAGGACUCUCACACCUGUUCUACACCGCACCGCUCUCAUUCUGUAAGGUUUCACUUCCUUUGAGCAUGCUCCACUAUAGCAGCCCAGAAUCGUGACAUGGAAAAGGGCACAGAUCACAUUUGUGUUUGGCUUAUAGUACAAUGCGUCAAAAAUAAUGUAAAGCCUGGUUGGUUGAAAUAUGUGUUUGGACCCAAAGUAUAUUACAGACCUACUUCUGGUAGGACUCUAUAUGGAAAGAUAAUCAUUUUGAUGAUAGAUAAAAUUUCUUACAUGGGUCCCAGCAUGAAAGAUAGAGGAGCGCUUACCACAAAAACUAAGAUGUUCUGCAAAAGCCCAACCCACUGCUGUGUAAUGAAAGAGUUAAAGAAUAGGGUCCUCCUUGUAAACAAGUAAUUAUAAAGGAUGAUGUCAGCAUCACAACAGGGCAAAACAGUAGAGAAGCAUCCACCUGUUCCAAGUAUUCUUCUCCUCAGAGUAAAGGGUUGUUGAAGGACAAUGUGUAUGUUUCCUCCAAUCACAAAGACAAUAUAUUGUGUAAUAUAUGUGUGAGCACCAAUGUGGGACAGACAGGCAUCCUAACUGCCCAGUGGCUUGACAGAAGGGGUGCAGUAACUAAGGAAAGAUCACAGAUCGGCAUGGAGAGCAACACUGGAGUGUACAUAGGAUGUCGCGGCUCCAAUGGCUGGCAUUCCAGUUGAAUUCAAUCGAUUUAUCACUUGGAAGAAUGCCAAAUGGCUGCAGAGAGGUGCCACACUAUUGUAGUAGUCUUCCAUUCAGGGAGUUGCUUGUGAUGCUUGUGUUUCACAGUGCUUAACAUCUUCCAUAGAAGUUUGGAAGAAUGAAAGAAAGUUCAUGUGAAUGAGUGGAUGGAGGAACUGAAGUUGGACUGCAGUGAGACUUCAGUGACUAAAGCAUGCCUUGAAGUUAAGAGACGCCACCAGUUAAUACUUCUUCUUUUUAGUUGUUUUAGUAUUGACAUGAUUUGUAAAUAAUUAUGCACGUCUCUGUUGCUUAGGAGUUUUUCCUCCUGAUUUUCUGUACAUGUCUUUUGGUUCAACACCUUGCCAUACCGUCCUCCUGUUCCUGCAGGGUGCCAAAAUCAUCCAGUUUAACCUCCUCAAUCCAGGACGUUUUAUCAAGUAUUUACAAUAAUUGUUUGAGUUUUUGUUAUGAAACAAACUGUCCCAUGUACCCAGAUCCUUUGGGAUGUGAACUUAUUUUAUUUUGUCAUGAGUUACACAUAAUCCUCAAUGAUUUUAUGCUGAGCUUCAGAAAAAUUCUUAUAUGGUUUAUGUUUAAACAUGUUUAGCCCUCUCUUUCAGUAGCAUUUAUUAUUAGCCAUACUGCAAAAAUGCUGCGCAUUGCUCAUAUAGUGUUUAUAAAUUGUCAAGUGCGAUGGUAAAACUCAGCAUUAAUUCAAAUACUGUAAUAAAAUUGAACCACAUUUUAUUGAAAGAUAUAAGGUCCACUUACUGAGCUUGGACUGUGCUUUAUGUUGAAAAAUUAUAAUGUAUUGACAGAUAUGAGUUAUAAGCUGCAAUCAGUAAUGCCAUACUAUUUGUACUGUCAGGUUGCUGUUAUGCUGUAUAUUGAACAUUUCUGUUGUUGACCUUUGUACAAAGGCGUGAAUCCUUUCCUCUGCCAGUUCCUUUUCCUUUUGAUUUAAGUAGCUCCUAACUCCAACUUUGGCCUUUUUUUACUUUAAUUUUAUUGGUUUUUUUUCAAGUGUCAUUACCCUAGGCCCUAAAAAAAAAAACUAAUUCAAAAUCCAUUGUAUGAUUUAAGAAAAGCAUAGUUAUCAGUCUGAAAGUUCCCUUCUCUUUCCUUAAAUAUCAAGUAGGACUUCUUGGAGGCUUUUCCUCUGACUGCAGUGUUUUUACACUAUAGGCAAAAAGCAAUUAGUAUCAGUGAGCUAUAUUUUGUGUGUAUUGUCAUUUGAAUUGUGUUUCAGUUCAAGCACUGUGAGACCAUGGCUAAUCUAUAUAAGAUGUAUGAAAGUGUAAAUAUUACUCAGCUAUAGUAGAUAGUCCAAAAACUCACACAUUUUUAAUUUAUUUUCUCUCUCAGUCACUCUAAGUCUUUCUCUCUACCUAUCUCUAUUUUUAUACAUAUCAGAAUGUCAGAGUAAUUGAGUUUUUUCCUCUAUUCAUGCAUGUAGUGUCUGAUAAUGGUGUACAUUAGUUAGUUUAUCACUUCCCUGCAUUCACUGUAAGUUGUUUGUGCUAGGCAUUGUCAUCAACCCAACACACAGACACAGACCCGUCACCCAUCAGGACCACAGGAAUUGAAAUCUACCAAUGCCAGUGAUAAUGCUGGCCAGUUUCAGAGUAAAGGGCAGCUAAAUAGAUCAAAAAAAUGAUUUUCCAGUACCAGUGGAAUAAAAACAUGGGAUCACAUACAGAAACAAAAGAAACACUUUUUGGUUUCCAAAAGGAGCAGAUCUUAUUUUCUGUGUCAUGAGUCAAAGGCCAGGGCCAGAAAGUGUUUCCAUGAUAAACAGCUCAAUCCAGUUCUGCUUCAGUUCAGUCAGUUCAGACUUUUUUCACUGUUCAAAUGCUGAAAAAUUAUAGGCAUCCGAAGGUGCUGAAAGUUUUUCUGUUCUUGAAUAAUCAACCUAACAAGAAAUAGUCAUAGUUCCUGGUUACAUAUACAUUUUAAAGUGAUUGUUUUGAAAGAGAAUUGCGAAAUUAUGCUGGGAUAUGUGGGAACAUGCGCCUUUUGGACUGCACCUGGAUGUGUUCUGUGUGGAAAUGUGGCUGAAAUUCAGUGAAAACUUACUGUAGAUUUGAGGUAAGAUGUUACGGGAAGUGCUUUUUCAGUUUAUCUGCUAAGCAUAGUCCUUUUUAGAUUUGAACACAUUUCACACUGCCUGUAUUGAACCACCUUUGUGCUUUUGAGUCGAUCUGGCUGAGACUAACCUGGGCUUUCCAAAAUCAAAAAAAAAAAAAAAA